AUGUCAAAUCUUGUAAAAUUUGACUUUGUGGCUCGUGACAUCUCGGGAAAGAAUUAUUUGCCUUGGGCUCUAGAUGCUGAAAUCCAUCUAAAUGCAAAAGGUCACAGUAAUGCUAUUAAAGAAGGAAAUACAUCAUUUGAUCAACAAAAGGCAAAAUCCAUGAUAUUCCUUUGUUGUCAUCUUCAUGAGGACCUUAAAAAAGAAUAUCUUACUGUAACUGAUCCAUAUGUUUUGUGGAAAAAUUUAAAAGAGAGAUAUGCUCAUCAAAAAUUGGUUAUUCUACCAAAAGCUCGUUAUGAUUGGAUGCAUUUACGCUUGCAAGAUUUUAAAAGUGUAAGUGAUUAUAAUUAUGCAAUGUUUAGAAUAACCUCUAAGCUGACAUUAUGUGGAGCAAAAGUAACUGAUGAAGUUAUGUUAGAAAAAACAUUCUCAACUUUUCAUGCAUCCAAUGUGCUCCUACAACAACAAUAUCGAGAAAAGGGGUUUAAUAAAUACUCUGAUUUGAUAUCUUGUCUUCUCGUGGUUGAACAAAAUAACGAGCUCUUGAUGAAAAAUCAAGAGGCUCAUCCCGCAGGUACAGCUCCAUUCCCAGAAGUGAAUGUAGCAAGACACUGUUACUAUGUGCAAAAUUGUGGUCGUGGUCGUGAACGGGGUCGCGGUCGUGCCCAUAAUUAUGCUCGUGGUCUUAAUUUUGAUCAUAGCCGCAAUGGCAAUCAUAAGAAUGUAUCUUUGCACCAGAAGUGGAAAGAUACUGAAAAAGCAUGA